CAACCCAGGCUGUCACAAAGAGCGUCGAAUCAUAUACUUUACUCUCGGAACCUCUGAUACAAUCUAAGACGAGAUAGUGUUUAGUUUCGCGAAGCGAUUGUUUUAUCCCUUUGCGAGCUCUUAGUCCGUUUGACCAGGAAGCUUUGAUAGCCUGUGUCAAAGCGGGGAUCCUCACCCAAAAGGAACUUAAUUGACCUCGAGUGAAGAACAUUCAAAUUCUGGCAUGGAAUUCAAUCCAUUCUAUAACUUCAUUUUCAUGGAGAAUUGAGUCGGAAAUUCUCCAGAAUGCGCACUAAAACGAUGCUUUCGAUCGACGAGGAGAAGGUGAUGGGACAGGAGGAACUGGUCGAUAUCGAAGCGAAUACCCGAACACAUCUUGGCAUCAUCUUCACGCCCACAUCGGACCAUUCUUCUCAGUCUUUUCCUCCACAGAAAGAGGAGGCUACAGUAUUACACAAGUUCCUACGCUACCCAGCACCAGGAUCGCUCACCAUAAAAUCGACAUCAUGGCUAGACGGCGUGCGAGGAGUCGCCGCUCUGGGAGUAUACAUGUUCCACGCAAUGGGCUGCUGGGCACGCAUCGUUCCUGCUUGGCAUGCAGAUGCAGACCAAAAUAACAUCCUCCAAUUGCCUAUUCUUCGAACAUUUUUCGUCUCUGGAGGAGCGGCCGUCUCCCUCUUUUUCGUCAUCUCCGGCUAUGUACUCACGCACAGGUCUCUCCGCUGGAUGCGAGCCGGCUCAGCGCAUCGAGUUCCCCCAGCUGUGGCUUCCUCGAUGUUCCGUCGUGGAUUUAGAUUAUAUCUCCCGCCGGUUCUUCUGACGUUUUGCGAAAUGCUGUCAACGCGCUGCGGAUUUGUGCCGGGGUACAAUUUUACUUUUGUGCCGGAAUCGAGCUUCUUCGCUCAGUUCGUGGAUUGGAUUUCGGAAACAUAUCAUCUGAUAAGUCCUAUUUACAACUUCAAGCGUGCGAUGCAAGGAUUCAUCACCCAUCCGAAAUACGAUGCCGUGGUGUGGACGAUCCCGUUGGAAUUUUAUGGCUCGUUUGUAUGUUACAUUUUAUUGCUCAUCCUGGUAUGGAUCCCAAACGAUGGGGCGCGAAUGGGACUCGUAGCGCUGCUCUCCAUCUCCAGCAUGUCUAUGGGGAGCUGGAACAUCUUCUGCUUCUUAUCAGGUAUGCUGAUAGCGGACUUCAACCUGAGUCAAGAAGAGAACGGGACAGUCUCAUCAACUAUGCCGCGAAUUCGGGGAAUUGCAUGGACGGCGGUAUUCGCGACUGCAUUUUACGUCGCAGGAUUUCCGACACUGAUGGUUGGAGAGGCACAUCUCAAGCCCAUGCCAGGAUUCGAGAUUCUCAGGUCACUUACUCCGACAGCGCUGUACAUGCAGGACCACUCUCGCUUCUGGUGGUCGAUUUCUGGAGUCGCGCUGCUGCUGUCCAUUUCGCAACUUCCUCGCCUUCGAAGUAUUUUCGAGACAUAUUUCUGCCAGUACCUUGGCAAAAUCUCGUUUUCGCUCUAUUUGGUCCAUUUAUUUUCCCUCGUGCUCUUUGGUUUGAAAUUCCAAGAGUUUUUGAUGCGCGUUGCGGGAUUGCAACCGCAUGCAAAUACGUUGUUGUAUUGGGCGGUCUGUGGGGUUUGGUAUUUUGUCUUUACGCUGCUUGUUUUUGCUGUAGCAGGGCAAGUUGAGAGAUGGGUUGAUGUUCCUAGUGUUCGGUUUGCGAAGUGGUUGGAAGCAAAGUGCUUAAGUAUGUGUAGAGAUAAGCAAUGAGGAGAGAAGGACAGGACAGCACGAGUCUCGACAAUGAAGUUUCCUAAGUGACAUCCUCCGCGUAAAAUCAAGCGAGAUCAAGCCUUCAUUGCUGCUGCUUGAGAC